AUGGUUUUCAUACCUGUUUCAACCUUUCCCUCUCCUCUUUGCUCGACGUCUCUGGUUUGUCGUGGGAUUGCGGCCGGAUCCGGCGGCUCAAAUCAGUUGCAAGGGUGUGUGCUCAAAUCAGUUGCAAGGGUGUGUGCUCGGCUUCUCUGGAGCGUUGGCGAGGUGAUGGGGGGUCUCGAUUCCUCAGGAAGCAUCGCUAUGGAAGUAGAUCUGAGAUUUGAUGUGAUGGAUCUUGGUCAGGUACAUCUUGGAAUGCUCGCCGGAGAAUGCUUAGCGUCGCUGCCUAUGCUCUCUGGUUUGUUCUCCGCCUCUUUUCAGCUCUUUCUCUCCGCCGGCGAUUGCAUUUUCAGAACUUCCCUUCUAGAUCUUCGGAUCUGA